AUGAGCCGAGCGUACUUCAAUUCCCCGCUUGGUCACGACACCACCUUUUCGACACCGCUUCAAGCCAUGUACUUUAACGGUGUCUACUAUCCCAAUUGGCGCAUAUAUCGCGAUCAACCACCAGCAUCACUGAACUACGAUGUAAUUUCGCAUGUGUUCUAUGCAUUUGCUUGGGUUAAGGAAGAUGGUACUGUAUACCUUAGUGACGAAUGGGCGGACGCUCAGAUUGAUGUACCCGGCACCGGGGACAUUCCCGCAACGAAGGGUUGUUUGAACUCAUUUGCCUUGCUGAAAAGAAAAUACACAAGGCUUCGAGUAGUAUUGUCUGUUGGUGGCGGUGGUAAGGGAAGUGAACCGUUUGCGGGAGUGGCUCGAAACCCAGCCAGCCGUGAACGAUUCGCUCAAAGCGCGCUGGGACUGGUGCAGCAGUUCGGUAUCGACGGAAUCGACAUCGAUUGGGAGCAUCCCGAGGACAGUAGCCAGGGGGAAGACUACGUCGCCUUACUUGCCAAACUCCGGCAAUAUCUGCCAGCCCCGCAGUACACGCUAUCUACGGCUCUGCCUGCUGGCGAGUGGGCUCUCCAGCAUAUCAACCUAGCACAUGCUUCGCACUACUUGGACAUGAUCAACCUCAUGGCUUACGACUAUUCGGGCCCAUGGGUCAAGAAGUGCGGCCACCAGGCUCAACUCUUCACACCCCACAUUCCACACAGUCCUGAAGCUGCCAUCUCUUGCCAUUCGGCUGUUUCGUACAUGGUACGCCAGGGCGUUCCAUCGCAGAAGAUCGUGAUGGGUGUGCCUGCCUACGGUCGAAGCUUUACUGGAACGCGGGGUGUGGGACACUCAUUCUCCGGACAAGCAGGAGAGGAGGGUACAUUUGAGUAUCGAGAUCUGCCGCGUCCCGGUGCAGAGGAGCAUGUCGACGAGCAGCUGGGCGCAGCUUACUGCAUGGGUGGCGAUGGGGGCUUUGUCACCUAUGACACGCCUCAGACGGUCAGGAUGAAGGCCAACUAUGUGCGACAGAACGGAUUAGGUGGGCUCUUUUAUUGGACCGGGACAGGUGACGCGAGCUCUCUCACCCAGAAAGAUCGCAGUCUGGUGUACAAUGGGUUCCUGGGCCUGUUCCCGCAAUAG